UCUAUACCAAUCUUCUCCCCUCCCCUCCCCUCUCUCCCCUCUCCACGACUCUUUCGACCUGCAAGAGUUCCCUUGGUUUUUCUGCUGGCAGAGACUCGAAAGGAGAUAGACAUCAUGACUGUCUGUUACGAUCAUUCCUCCCUGAGGAGCAUUGCUCCCGCCUCCGUCGCCUCGCUUGAAGACCGAUUCGAAGUCAUCAAAGAGGUUGGUGAUGGCAGCUUUGGUAGCGUGGCUGUCGCACGUGUACGGACAGCUGGCUCCAAUGUUGCACGAAGAGGAACCAUGGUGGCGAUCAAGACGAUGAAGAAGACAUUCGAGUCGUUGGGCCCCUGUCUGGAGUUGCGUGAGGUCAUCUUUCUGCGGACCCUUCCACCCCAUCCCCACCUUGUCCCGGCCCUCGACAUCUUUCUCGACCCGCUUUCGCGCAAACUGCAUAUCUGCAUGGAGUACAUGGACGGAAAUCUCUACCAACUAAUGAAGGCUCGUGACCACAAGCCCCUGGAUCAGAAGCACGUCAAAAGCAUUCUCUUCCAAAUCCUGUCUGGUCUCGACCACAUUCACGCUCACCACUUCUUCCACCGCGACAUCAAACCCGAAAACAUCCUCGUAUCAACAUCUGCUCCGAACGACUCCGCCUUCAGCCGUUACUCCAACCUCGUCACUCCUCCUUCUACUCCUCCCACUUACACCGUGAAGAUCGCCGACUUUGGUCUGGCACGCGAGACACACUCGAAAUCCCCCUAUACGACCUAUGUCUCGACGAGAUGGUACCGCGCCCCUGAGGUCCUGUUACGUGCCGGCGAGUACUCCGCGCCGGUGGAUAUGUGGGCCGUUGGUGCCAUGGCAGUUGAGAUCGCAACCCUCAAGCCACUAUUUCCCGGAGGCAAUGAGGUUGACCAGGUGUGGCGCGUAUGUGAAAUCAUGGGCAGCCCCGGUAACUGGUACAGUAAGUCUGGGGGCAAGCUCGGAGGUGGUGAGUGGAGAGAUGGCUCUCGCUUGGCUCAGAAGCUGGGUUUCACUUUCCCUAAGAUGGCCCCUCAUGCGAUGGAAAGCAUUCUCCAAGCCCCUCAGUGGCCUGUUGCCCUCAGUCAGUUUGUUACCUGGUGCCUGAUGUGGGAUCCUAAGAACCGGCCGACUUCUACACAGGCAUUGAACCAUGAGUACUUUGCCGAUGCUAUUGAUCCGUUGAGACCGAAGUCUUCGACUGCUCGCCUCUUGGGUCGCAAGCACUCCGAAAAGGUCCUCAAGAGUGCGACUCGGGAGCAGAGCGACUCGCCCACACUCACCUACAAGGCGUCUUGGUUCAGGAGAUCGUUGAUUGGAAGGUCCGAGAGUCCGGUCCAGCCCACGGAGAACGAUCAUGCCGCCAAACCAAGCGUCACCUCCUAUCCUUCGGAGCUGCAGCCGAGCAAGACCAGACCACCGCCUAUCAAGCGGGCUACCUGGGCCAAUGGCGCUCCCAUGCCUAUUCUGCCUUCGAUUCGACCCGUAUCCCCCUUGUCCAACGCAGUGACAGCGCAAGCGAAUGCAACCCUGGCCCACUCUGGCGACAGCGCGGGCAAAGCCAGCAAGAAGAUUGGCCGGCAGUUGUCAGUCAAUUCGAACGGCAAUCACUAUGCCGAUAUUCACAGGCAGGAGGCGGAGAGGGCCCUCAAUGGCGGAAGCGCAGUCAUCACGCCGAAAGAGAGCUUCUUCUCUCACUUGCGCAAGCGUGCUCGCCGGCUAUCUGGACGCAACCAGGGCAAUGUCUCUGGCGAUGAUGUGGAAUCCAACGCUGGAUGCAUGCCUUGGUCAAAUCGUUCCUCGCUGGCUCUGGACUCUGUCAACGUCAGCGAAUCCAAGUCCACCUCCGACUUUGCGGAACUGGACAAGGCCCUGCAGAGUGUGAGGCAUUCUCUUGAUUCCAACAACCGGGGGAAUGUUCCUGUGCAGAUCACCACCCAUGUGGAUGGUACCAAACGCCAGUCCAUGCCCCAAGGAUCCAUCCGGACAAUGGGCGACAGCCCCGUUUCAACAAGCGGUACCGGAGGGCCCAUCUCCAGCCGGACUAGGCGUGCAAUGCAGAUGUCUAACAACCCCAUUCACCGUUACGAAACUCCCGAGGAAGAGGAUGAGCUUCUUGACGAAGUGCUUCAUUCAGCCAGCAAAGCUGCUCGGCGACUAGCACAGGCUGAUAUCACCUCCGACGGCUACAGCCACGCAGCUGGAAGUAAUGACAGCGGGCGUCCAUUGCCAAGCCCUUAUCCAACUCCAUCGCCUUCCGCCAACUGCGAAGGUGGCUUUUUCGGCCCAGAAAUGACUCCAUGUCGACGACUCCCAGCCGAGAAGACAGAAGCAAACUCCAACCGCCAAUGGCCCACACCGCCUUACGACGAAGCCGAAUGGACCAAGUCGGCUUCGGCUACCACCAAGUUCAUGACCGGAUCAGCAACUUAUCGGUAGCUUCGGUUUGGCGGGCCAUUGCACUUAUCUUUAUAACUCAUCGUCAUCUGUUGAAUAUGCUUGCAUCUACCAAAAAGUCAGAAAAAUGAGUGGUCAUGCGCGUAACUACCGGCAAUUUCACCGAGCAAGGCGUACGGGAUCUGGUGUCUACUGUGAUUUUAUCUUGUGUG